AACAUGGCCUGCUCCCUGCUGUGUGGUGCUAUAUCCUGUUAUUUAACUAUACAUUGAGGCGCCUCUGCCUGUGCGCUCGGCGCAAGGAGCAAUGGAGGGCGGUGGGAAGCUGGCGUACAGCUACGGCGGCGGCAGCGGCGGCAUCCGCCAUGACACCAAGCUGCUCAAGAGCUUCAGCGGCGUGGAGCCCCGCAAGUUCGGGCUCGGCCUUUUCGCCGGCCUCCUCAUCGUCGCCUGCGCCUACUUCUCCACCGCCAAAUUCGACGCCGUCCACAUCAACAUGAUAAGCUCCUUUGCCAAGAAUGCAGUUGGGAUUAGCUCGCCGGUCAACGCCGGCGAUAGUUCGAAGCAGCCACUAGAUUUGGGCAUGCAAGAGCAAGGUGCAUUGUCGAAGGAAACGAGCAAGGCUGAGUUUGAGAAAGAUGACGGCGGCGGCAUUUCCAAUUCAGGCGUUGCAGUUGCCUCUGCGGCGCCACCGGAUCCCGCAAUGGAGGGCGGCGGCAUCUCCAAUUCAGACGAUGACCCAAGCGCCGUUGCAGUUCUUCCUCCCUUGUCAUCAGAUUCCGCAGACACCACGCAGGAAUCAGGUGUUCUUGAAGAUCAGGAGCUGCAGGUGCAGAACGCUAUAGCAGAAGCUGCUAAUGCACCCGAGAACAGUAACAGUGUCGUCAGCGGUAGCACCAAUGGCAGCUCCCCUUCUGUGAUUCCAUUUCCAUCUGAUGCUGCUGACAUCCCUGCUCCUGCUCCUGCUCCUGCUCCUGCUCCAGCAAUUCAGGCUCCUGCUGACCAGAUUCCAGAAAUUGAGGCCCCUCCUCCAGAAAUUAAGGCCUCCCCAGUCCAACCGAUUCCACCUACUCCAGAGGUCAAGCAAGCAGGGUUGCAAGAUUGGGAGGCGCCGGAGCGGGAGUGGAAGCCGCUGUGCGACGUCACGUCGAACCGCCGCAUCGACUGGUGCGAGCUCGACGGCGACGUCCGCGUGCUGGGCGCCAACGCCAGCGUCACCCUGGUGGCGCCGCCCGGCGCCGACGAGCGCACCUUCCGUGAGGAGUCGUGGCGCAUCAAGCCGUACCCCCGCAAGGCCGACCCGAACGCCAUGCGCAACGUCCGCGAGGUGACGGUGCGGUCGGUGGCCGCCGCCGGCGGCGGGGCGCCGGCGUGCACGGACCGGCACGACGUGCCGGCGCUGGUGUUCUCGGACCGCGGGUACACGGGCAACUACUUCCACGCGUACACCGACGUUAUCCUGCCGCUGUUCCUGACGGCGCGGCGGUACUCCGGCGAGGUGCUGCUGCUGGUGACGAACUUCCAGAUGUGGUGGCUGGGCAAGUUCCUGCCGGUGUUCAAGAGCCUCUCCAACUACGAGCUGGUCGACCUGGACCGCGACCCGCGCGUGCACUGCUUCCGCCACGUCCAGGUCGGGCUCACCAGCCACGACGACUUCAGCAUCGACCCGCGCCGCGCGCCCAACAACUACUCCAUGCUCGACUUCACCCAGUUCAUGCGCGCCGCCUACGUGCUCCCCCGCGCCGCCGUCGCGCCGCUGCCGGGGCAGGGGCGGCAGCGGCGGCCGCGACUGCUGGUGAUCGCGCGCGGGGGCAACCGGCGGUUCGUGAACGUGGAGGAGAUCGUGCGCGGGGCGCGGAAGGUGGGGUUCGAGGUGGUGGUGUCGGAGGGCGGGCACGAGGUGGCGCCGUUCGCGGAGGUGGCCAACGGCUGCGACGCCAUGGUGGGCGUGCACGGCGCCGGGCUGACCAACAUGGUGUUCCUGCCGAGGGGCGCGGUGGUGAUCCAGGUGGUGCCGCUGGGCCCGAUGGUGUUCGUGGCGAGCUACUUCCGGGGCCCGUCCAUGGACAUGGGGCUCCGGUACCUCGAGUACCAGAUCGCGCCGGAGGAGAGCACGCUGCUCGACAAGUACCCGCGCGACCACCCCGUGAUCGCCGACCCCGGGAGUAUCAAGGCCAAGGACUGGGUGUCGUUCAUGGGGGUGUACCUGUUCGAGCAGGACGUGCGCCUGGACAUGAAGCGGUUCCGCCCUGUCCUCAAGAAGGCACUCUCGCGCCUUAGAGCCAAGCCCAAGAGUAACUAAUCAUCUAAUGUGUUUUCAUCAUCACAGUAUAAUCUCUCAUCGUCAGAGUGUAAUUUAGUAGUAUGUCCUUCUUGACACAUUUUCAAGAACAGCAAAAAAAAACCUCUUUCCCUAUGGAAAGCUUUUACUAAUUACUAGUAGCACUA